UGGAGGAAGGGUUGGGAUGGGGACCGUGAGGGAGACCUAAGCGGCGGCGGCGGCGGAGGGUCGACUAUGGCGCGGAGCGGCCGGGCCGUUGGGAAGGCGCUCGCCGCGCGGCUGGCCUUCACUCCGCGGAGAGCCGCUCUCAGGCAUUUGACUUCUUGGGAAAUUUUGUUGAGCAAGGCCCCUCUGCUUCAAGUACCUGGAACGCACUGUGUUUUUUCAAGAAGAACUUUUUUCAACAUUACUUCACCAUUUGGGAACAAAAGGAAAGAAUAUUCAGAAAGAAGAAUUAUAGGGUAUUCUAUGCAAGAAAUGUAUGAUGUGGUAGCAGUUGUAGGCGAAUACAAGAACUUUGUGCCAUGGUGCAAAAAGUCAGAUGUGUUAUUCAAGCGCUCAGGAUAUUGCAAGGCACACUUAGAAGUUGGAUUUCCUCCUGUGUUAGAGAAAUACACUUCGGUUUGUACACUCGUGAGACCUCAUAUGGUUAAGGCAUCAUGCACAGAUGGAAAACUAUUUAAUCAUCUUGAAACAGUGUGGCGCUUCAGUCCAGGAAUCCCUGGCUAUCCAAGAACGUGUACCUUGGAUUUUUCAAUUUCUUUUGAGUUUCGUUCCCUUCUACAUUCUCAGCUUGCCACACUGUUCUUCGAUGAAGUUGUUAAGCAGAUGGUUGCAGCAUUUGAAAGAAGAGCAUCCAAGUUGUACGGUCCAGAAACAAUCAUACCCCGAGAGCUAAUGCUUCACGAAGUGCAUCACACAUAAAAGGGGGACAUUAGUCUUAAACUGCUUGGACAUCGUGUUUUUACAUGAAGUGUUCUCUCAUGUGGGCGUCCAGUCACAUGGGAAUUUGAAAAUUAUGUAUACUACUACUGUACAACACAGGCCUGUAAGAUGCAGAUGUAUAUAAUAUAAAGUUUCAAUCAAGUGCAAUUAUAAGGUGCUGAUAAAGAGUGGCAGCUAUAAACUACACCAAAAUUGCCUUCUUCCUCUUGCCAGUUUUUAUGAAACUCAGCACUACGUCUACUGCCUAAUGUUUUGCAGUGUUUCUAAUAUUUACUAUUGGAAUCAAGUUUUAAGUUAUUAGUCUUUUGAAUGCAUAUUUAAGUUAUUUUUGCUAUUCAGGAAAAGCUUUAAAUUAGCACAUAUAAUUCUGAGAACUAAUUUCUCAGUAUGUGUAACUAUACUUAGUAUGGAAUGUUUAGUGUGUAAGUGGAAUGAAUAUAUAAAGGGCUCUUUUAAUCAAUAAACAUGUAUGACAUUGUGAUGUGCUUUCACAAGAUUCUAGCAGGUAAAUCUGUUGGGAGUCAUGAAUUCAAACUUUAAAGUGACUUGAGUUUCACAGACCUACCGUGUUUCCCCCUUUUUAAAGCGUAGUCAUAAAAUAAGCCAUAGCAGCAUUUCUAAGCAUUUGAGAAAUAUAAACCGUACCCCGAAAAUAAGCCAUAGUGAUAGGCGCUGUGUGGAAGAGAGCACUGAGCUCCCCGAGUCAGCAGCAGCAACGCCGGCCGCAGCAGUGUUUGCUGAGUCCUUUCUUGCUUUUGGGACUUGGUUACUGUGCUGGCUUGGGAUGGUGUGUGUGCAAUUGCUGUUGCUGCUUCGUGUUUUUCAGCUGGAUUCUCUGGGUUCUAAGCACUUUCCCCCGUUUGUUUGCGAAGCAGCACUCGGCUGCAGCCCCUGCCUCUCCCGGCGGCUGCAUCGAUCCCCAGGAGGCUGCAUUUGAUCGCUAUCUCCUUUUCUAUUUCUUUUGUCUUUGAGCACCCGGCCCCGCCCCCUCUCCCCUUCGUGGAAUGAAGAACGGAGUUUUAGCAGCAUUUCCUCAUUAUAAAAAAAAGGUCAGGAACUUUUACUUUAACCUCAAAAAUGGGAUAUUUCCUCUCUCUAAAAACAACUCUGACCUGAACACCAAUAAAACAGGGGUAGAUCACCUCCAGUUUAUAAAUCCGCAAGUAGAUCGCAGUCUCCUGGAAGUUGGGCUCUAUACUUUGGCUGAUUGCAAGCCUUUGCAUCUUUAAAAAACAAAAACCAUGCGCUUCUCAGUCUUAAUUUUCCUUUAAUUCAUCCCCCUAUACCCUCCUCCAACCAUUGCCUCCUUCCAUUCCUUACCCCCCUCCCUCUCUCCCCACUUCCCUCACUCCUGUGCGAUCUCAUUGCUUUUUCUGUUGUGUUGUCUAUUUUAUAUUUAAUAUUAUUACCCUUUAUGAUAUUUUUUCCCUUGCGAUAAUUAUUUAUUUUUUAUCUUUAACUAACUUUCCUUUCCAUAUUUUUCCAUAUAUAACUCAACACUUUCCCAUUCCUUCUUAACUCUUUGGAUAGAGUGCCCCCCCCAUUAUUGUUGUUAAUUUUACAAUUCCUGGAUUUUUUAUGGAACCGAACAGUUUGGGUGCUUCAGAAUGUGCCUUCUGUUGCUACAGGGCUAUGGGGCUUCACUAUUUGACCCCCCCCCCAGGUUGGGAUUUUUAAAGUAGUUCUGUGGGUCCCAGGGCGCAGAAUCACCCCCGAUCCUUUCUUUUGUCUAAACAGACCUCUUCCCCCCUAACUUUGGAAGGCUGUGCUUCAAGGGUGAUACCAGGGGUUUUUAAGACCUGCGCCUCUUAAGGAUUGUUACGGUCCAUAACUUCCAUUGCUUUCUACAGGGUUGGGGGUUUAAAGCACUGCCACCACCCCCCACCCUGCAGGCGCUUGGAACUGGCAGCGCCAACAACGCGCCCAGCAGCGCGCAGAAGAGAGCACUGAGCGUCCUGAGCCAGUGGGUCCCAGUUGUACCAGCACUUUAAAAAAAAAAGACACCCCCUGAAAAUAAGCCACUGUGUGUUUUUUUGAGGGAAAAAAGUUAUAAGACGGUGACUUAAAAAAGGGGAAACACGGUAAUUGUAUAUUACAGUACAACUUUGCUAGGAUAAAACAUACUAUUUAUUCCCUUUGUCUAGACUAGAGCAAAAUUUUGGGCAAUCCUCUCUACAGCUAGCACUGAAUUUUGACAUUUCCCGAAGUUGUAUAACUGGCUGUGCAGCUCAAUGUAUCCUUUUCAACAUAUUCCUAAAACUGUUUCAAGAUUACUACCUUUACCUAGGAAGAGUCUUUAGGCAUCACAAGACAAGCAUUUUAUCUUGAGUGAUGCUAAAUACCUCGGGUUGCACAAAUUUAAAGUAAUAAAGCGAAGAAUGUAGCUGCCUAAACUGAUAGCUCUUAAUCUUGAGCAAGAACAAGGAGCUAUUUAGGCUAACCAUUCUCCCAUUCCUACAAAAAAAAAAAGUGUUUUAAGAAUGAUGGGCAUCUGGCUUUGUACUCCAAGAAA